CUUGCACACUUAGCUUCAUACACCCAUAUGCUCACCCAGCCUGGCACACUCAGACUCUCUAUCCCACCUUGAACAUUCACCGUCACCCACUCUCUGGCACACUCUUUUUACUCUCAGCUUCUACCACCUCUCCCCGAACCAUAUUGCAGGCCUUUCCCUCAUCCCAGAGCAGCAGCCCUGCCUUGUCACUCACUGCAAACCCACCAUGUCCCUGGGGCCACCGAAAUUCCAGGCAGUGGAUGAGGAGGAUGAGGAAGAGGAGGAGGAGAGCCUGGACUCUGUGAAGGCACUGACAGCCAAGCUGCAGCUACAGACUCGGCGACCCUCAUAUCUGGAGUGGACCGCUAGGGUCCAGAGCCAGGCCUGGCACAGGGCCCAAGCCAAACCUGGGGCCGGUGGACCUGGAGCCAUCUGCGGCUUUGACUCAAUGGACUCUGCGCUUGAGUGGCUCCGGCAGGAGCUGCGGGAAAUGCAGGCUCAGGACCGGCAGCUGGCUGGGCAGCUGUUGAGGCUGCGGGCCCAGCUGCACCGGCUGAAGGUGGACCAAGCUUGUCACCAGCACCAGGAACUGCUGGACGAGGCCGAGCUGGAGCUGGAGCUGGAGCCCUGGGCCGGCCUGGCCCUAGCCCCGUCGCUAAGGCACUUGGGCCUCACGCGUAUGAACAUCAGCACCCGGCGCUUCACCCUCUGCUGAGGGCGACCUG